UAGCUAACUUCAAAGUAGUUUUUCCCGCAGUUUGGCGUCCACCGAUCCAAAAAAUUUUUGAUACGUUUUUCUACUUUAUUUAGAUCAAUGAAACAUUUGCUAGUGCUAUGAUUUGUUUCUAAGUGCAUGUUUUAUGAACUGAUUAUGUUAUUUCGGUGAUUGUUUCGUUACAUUAGACUUAAAUAGUUGAUUUUGUAAACAUCGGGAACACGGAGCACACGUCUAUGACUUCUUAUUGGCAGCAUGGCGGAAAUAGUGUACCCGCAAGGCUGCCGCCCAAUAACCGAUGACCUAGGUCCGGAUGAACUUGUCCGAAGACUUAAGGCGCUCGCCCACACCUUACAAGGUCUUGGGCAAGAUGAGGGCAUGUACCAACAGUAUAUACCACUGGCAUUACACCUGGCCGAUGACUUCUUCCUCUCACACCCCUCAAGGGACGUGCAACUGCUUAUUGCUUGCUGCAUCGCUGAUGUGUUGCGAGUAUAUGCACCAGAGGCACCAUAUAAGGAUCAGGAACAGGUCAAAACGAUAUUCCUGUUCCUGAUCAAUCAGUUACAAGGUCUUAAGGACCCGAAGGAUCCAGCGUUUAAGAGAUACUUCUAUCUUCUGGAAAACCUGGCUUAUGUGAAGUCAUUUAAUAUGUGCUUUGAACUUGAGGACUGCCAAGAGAUCUUCUGCGCACUUUUCUCGCUUAUGUUCAAAAUUGUUAACUCAGAACACUCAUCCAAGGUGAAAUCCUUCAUGCUGGACGUCCUCUGUCCGCUAAUCACAGAAUCGGACGUUGUCUCAAACGAGUUAUUAAAUGUCAUACUAAUUAAUCUAGUGGAGCCCAAUAAAAGGGAUAACAAACAUGCAUACGCACUCGCUAAAGAACUCUUGGCUAAGACUUGUGAUACCCUGGAGCCGUAUAUACAAGCGUUUUUCAACCACGUUCUAAUCCUUGGCAAAGAAGAAAAGGGUCUUCUUAUAUUUUCAAAAGUUUAUGAAUUAAUUUACGAGCUAAACCAGUGCUGUCCUACGGUUCUACUGUCUGUCCUCCCACAGCUCGAAUGCAAGCUAAAAUCGGCUCAAUUCCAAGAGCGACUAAGCGCUGUUGCCUUACUGGCUAGAAUGUUCUCUGAACCCGGCUCGGAACUUGCCAAGCAAUACCCGGCUCUAUGGCGGGCGUUUUUAGGCCGAUUCAACGAUAUCUCAGUACCAAUUAGAAUCAAAUGUGUCCAAUAUUGUAUGCAUUUCCUUGUCCAUCACCGGGAUUUGAGGCAGGACAUCACAGAUACGCUUAAAAUGAGACAGCACGACGCUCAUGAGCAAGUGCGCUACGAAGUUGUUAUGGCAAUAAUAGCGACCGCUCAAAGAGAUUUCGAAGCGGUUGCCGAGUCUGAAGAUUUGCUACACUUCGUCAAGGAGAGGACUUUGGAUAAAAAGUUCAAAAUACGCAAAGAAGCCAUGUCAGGUCUAGCAAUGAUAUACAAGAAAUUCCUAACCGAAGACAGUGUACCGCCAGCAACGGAAAAAGCGGUUGAAUGGAUCAAAGACAAAAUCCUACACGGGUACUACAUGACAGCGAUCGAAGAUCGACUCCUGGUUGAGAGGCUUUUGAACACGUCAUUGGUGCCGUACACCCUCCCGCCACAGACUAGAAUGAAGAAACUCUACUAUCUGAUGUCAAAUGUCGGGGAUAAUGCCACUAAAGCGUUUAUUGAAUUGCAAAAGCACCAACUGGCGGUGCGUAGGACUGUGGCUGAGUGGGUGGAGUUGCACAGGAAACCGCCGACCCCGCAGGUGCAGAAGGAAAUGAUAACAAAAGUGCUGCACAUCAGCUCCAAGUUCUUGCCGGAGUCGGUGAAGGCGCAGGAGUUUUUAAAUCAGUUCUCGGAGCAUAUGAAAAAGGCGCCGGAGUUGUUGCAGGGAAUGGAGACGAUUUUAAAUCCGAAUGUUAGCUGUGAAGUCUGUGUUCGGACGACUUCAAGCGUCCUUAAAAAGCUUGGUCAGCCGGUGAUGACCAAUAUAUACUAUAAUACAGUGAAAAUGCUCCUUGAGAGAGUGAGUUCAGUGAUGGUAGACCAUGAAUCCUUGUUAAUCCUUGUCGGUUAUGUGGAAGGUGCUGUGAGGGGAACAGAUACUUCAAUAGCUGAAGAAUGUGGUAUAGACAUACAAAAGGCCGCAUCGCGUGGUCUCAAACUCAUAGUGAUGUUGUCGUUUGUGUUUCCGGCACAUUUCUUACACGAGGACGUUCUGAAUCGUCUCACUUCAUUGUUGGAGUUGGAUGAUGAAACUAUAGCCCCACAUAUUCUCGCUGCGUUGACUUUCCUCGGGAAAUAUAGGCCUCUGGGUGAAGCAUGCCCGACAUUGUUUCCAAAAUUGAUAACAUUAUGCAAAGCAUAUGCUGAAGUUGGAACACCGAAACAAGCCAAGAAUGCCGUCAGGUGUCUCUUCGUAAACGUCCCGGAGCAGAGGACUCAGAUAUUUACAGAAAUACUUGAGACGUUGAAGAGUACGCUGAAUCCGCAGUCGGAGCACUACAGGACGGCGAUAGUCACGUUGGGACACAUUGCACACAAUUUGCCUGAUAACUUCCCUGUUCACAUCAAGAAUAUUGUUUCUAGAAAGAUUGUAAAAGAGCUCCUAGUCCGCGAAGGUGGCGGCGGUCCCAAUGCCCCACAAGGGGACUGGUGUUCUGAAGAUGAGUUGCCCGAAGAGACCCGAUGCAAGUUGGAAGGUCUCAAAUGUAUGGCACGAUGGCUGCUGGGGCUGAAGAAGGAUGAACUGUCAGCUCAGAAGACGUUUAGGAUGUUGAACGCGUUCAUCACGCAUAAAGGAGAUUUGUUGCAGCAAAACCAGUUGUCUAAAGCGGAAAUGGCGCACUUGAGGCUGGCUGCGGGCGCGGCCAUGUUGAAAAUCUGUGAACAGAAAGGAGUCGGGGAUCAGUUCACCGCAGAGCAGUUUUAUAAUUUGUCACAUCUUAUUGUGGACGAUGUACUACAAGUCAGAGAAACUUUUGCUGCAAAAUUACAUAAAGGAUUAUCGAAGGGCAUACCAAACAAAUGCCUGCCUCUAGACUUCAUGGGUAUGUACGCACUGGCGGGCCGAGAGCCGGACAGACGCGUGCGCGGAAUCAUACGGCAAUAUAUGCUAGCCGACGUAGUGCGGCGCAGGGAAUACGUACGGAAUAUUACUAUUGGGACCAAGGUGGAACAAGCAGUGAGCCAGCUUCCGCACAUAAUGCCGGACUACAUGCUGGUGUUCGCUGUACCGGUGUUGACACACGACCCGACGUUCACCAACUACGAUAAUGUCGCACAGCUUAAGACGAUGAAACAGUGCCUCUGGUUCAUCCUGGAGCCGCUGAUCACGCGAAAUGACUUCUACUGCUACAGCUUCUAUAAGAACCUUGUCGAGAAGAUGAAAUUACACAAGGACGCGCUCAAUGAGACGGACGAUAAUGUUAACUUUAAAUUAUGGGCAAUCUGUGACCUCUCCAUGUCCGUGAUAUGGUCUCGGUCCACGAGCUUCGAAAUGCGAGAGUUCCCCUCGGACGUCCGCAUUCCCACGAUGUACUUUGCGCCUCAGAGCGAAUGCUUCGUUAACACAAGGGUCUUUUUACCGCCUGAAUUACAGUUCCAACCAAAACGCGGUCAGCAAAUGGAGCACACAGCGGCGCCUCGUGGCAGAAAGAGAGUUCGGCCCAUACAAAAUAAAGAAGACAAUUCUAACGAAUGCGAGCUUGUCAUUGGACGAUCGGGGAGUAUUGAUGCCAAGCCGUCAGAAGCGUCAGACACACAGAUUAUUGUGCCAGGAUUGGAACACCCGCCUGAGACUGAAUUAGAAGAGCCACAGGCAAAGAGAAUGGCUGACUCAAUAUUGGUUUGAAUAACUUAAACAGUUUGAGUUCAUCGCGAUAUAUGCGCGGGCGCGGCUUAGUUUAAGAAUUUGAAUAUAUUAACUAAAAUUUAAUAAUCCAGGGCCGACCAAUAUUAUUUAAUUACUGUUAUGCAUUGUAUUUUCGCCUCUUUAGGUAUUUUACAAUGCAACAAUUUAAACAAUUUUGUAGUAUUUUUCGGACAUGGUAACACUUCUGUGGGAAUAAGAUAAAAGCCUCAACGGAAAAAAAUCUAUGCAUAAUUUUUUUCUCUAUAAAUAUUACUGUAAGUAUUUUUAUAAUCUAUGUCCGUGCCCGCGUAUUUACGUGCACGUAACGGGACGCUCGAGCGAGAAUUAAUUUGUCAAUUUAUGUUGAAAAUAUUUAACAUGAAAAUCGUGUAUUGGUACUGUGUAAUACUAGCGGCGUAACUAUAAAAUAUUUAUUUAUUUGUAAUUGGGCAGGGCUAUUUUCUGAAUAAAAUAGAUGUUAUACAAAUAAUAGCUUACCCAAGAGUAUUUAAUUCUGCUAAAGCACUAUUUAAUAUCCCUCUAAAAUUUUGGUUAUGAUAAUAAAAUAUGAGAACGUUAAAGAUGAAUUUUUUUCAUUAUUCCGGAGAUAAUUGUUACUAAAAAUAAGCCUAGAGCUUGCUAAGAAAAAUAUCAGUUUAAUAGACAGAUAUGUCUGCCCAAUCAAUGAUUACUAUGUAAAGAUUUUAUUUAAAUUGUGUACGAAAUGAUGUUAAUUUACAUAAUUAUAAUUGUAAAUAUUUAAAUUUAUAUCCUUUUAAGCACCAUUUUGCAGGGUAUGGUCUAAUUAAUGAAGUUAUAGUCGAUUUAAAUACAACUAUUAUUGCACUAGAUAUUUUUAAUGGCCUUCUAAUCUGUCCCAACAUUGUUACGCCACUAGUAAAAUACUCGUAAUACUUAAAUACGUCUCUGAAAUUUACAACACGGACGAAAAGCGUCUCUCUCGCUCACUCUUCAUUUAAAUUUAUGUUUUGUCUCUUUCGAGCUACAGCUAAGAGUGGGGAUACGCGGUGUGUUUUCUUUGAGACGAAUUUAACUUAACUUAUUUUGUUGCAUCUUUAUGUUUACAAUUUUUAUAUGAGGCUCAUUUUAGGGUUUCAUUUUCAAGCCAAUAAAUUAAUUGUGAAAAUAUGUAUAUAUUUGCACAACGGAAGGUUGUAUAGUAACAAGCUAAUACAUACGAUUGGAUGUUUGAUUCUCAGAUAUCAGGUUCGGGUAUGUGAGGCUCACAAAUGUCCAUUUUGGUAAAAAACUUAAAAUGGCUGCAAAUUCCACAUAAAUACAAAAAUAUAGAUGUGCUGUGCACUCCAUUUUACUUUUAUCUUCACACGUAACUAAAGCUGUAUGAAAUAAAAAUAAGAGCCCCUUCAUUUUACGAUUUAUCGAAAGAUUUCAGAAUUCUUCAACUUUUAUUUAUAAAAUCAUGUUGAAAAGAUGGCGCUGAUAAAUUCCGAAUUAUUUGAAUAGUGUCACGCCAAUUAAAUCGGAAAGAACGUAAUAUACCUAUUUUGGAAGUUCAUGGUGCACAAAGAGUGUUGCCAUUAUAGAUUAUGACAGAUUCCUUUUUUUAGUCGCAUUUCUCACUUGAUUAUAAUGUAUUCUCUUGUGAGGAAUUGGUUAUUUUUAAGGCUAUUUUGACAGUGUGGACGUCGUCGCAUUAGUUAAGAUUAUGUGUGAUACAGCAUUUGUUUCUAAUUUAGGUUAGUGGUACACCCAGUUGUGUAACUAGUAAACACAUUUUAACUGUAUAAGUUAUAAUUAGAUUUAUUUUGGGCUGUCGUAAUUAAACCAAUUUGCUAGUUACACUGGGUUGGCUAUCAUUGUUACGUUAGAUUUUUCUCCAUUUCCUGUAACAUCUUUUAGAAUGUUUGGGAAAUAAGUAAAAAUCUAUAAAUUGUAAAAAUAGUCCUUUUUAAAUUAAUUUCUAAAGGCUUUUUUAUCUGAAAUUAAAAUCAAUAUAAUAUUGUCGAUUUAAAAAUAAAAAAUUAUGAAUAAAUCUUAUUUUUGUAGAUUUGUCACAGAUAAUAUCAUGUUGGUGUUGCCACGUUAAAAUUAUUAUUACAUAAACUCAUUUGAAAUUAUUGUUUUAGUUUUAUCGAUUGACGUUUGACAGUGAUAGCCAUUUGUAUAUUGACAGCGUCUGUCAUUUGGUAUUUAGGUAUUUUUCCAAUAAUUUAUGGAACUGUCAUUUUAAAAGCAUUUUUAGUUUAUUUAUGGUUUCCUAUGUACAUGAUGUAGAGAUAAUCAUUUAGAUUUAGUGUUACAGAAUAUUUUGUGUGACUAAUUUUGUUACGCGUCGAUGUCCACCAUUUUUUUUUUAUUUGUAUCGUUUAAGUGUACCAAAUAUCUGAGAGGCGAUAGCUCGCUCGAUGUCGCAAUGAUUCUCUGUAGUUAUGUAUUAAAUAAUUAAAUAAAUAA